CCGCAGAAAACGGAUGGCGAUGGCAUUGGCUUUGGCUAUGGCAGUCUCAUCAACACCAUCACCAUCAUCGUCAUCAGCAGCCAACUAUUUGAUGGCAUUCCUUGCCCAGGAUAGUAAUAGUAGUGGAAGUGCAGCCAGUGCAAGUGCAAGUGGAUGCAGUGGAGCGACCGCCGAUUCGGAGGACUCCCAGAUUGGUCAGGAUGCUCAAGUGGAUCAGGUGAUAGGUCAGGGGUCAAACAGGAGGCGACCACCGCGCCAGAAAAUCAACGCAAGGGAGCGCUACAGGACCUUCAAUGUGAACUCGGCCUACGAAGCUUUAAGGAAUCUUAUACCCACGGAGCCCAUGAAUCGCAAGCUAUCAAAGAUCGAGAUUAUCCGUCUGGCCAGCAGCUAUAUAACGCACCUGAGCAGCACCCUAGAAACGGGAACUGAAUGCCAGCCUUGUUUACUGCACAAAUACGACAACGAAGCGCUUGUAAGGAGGAUUAGCAUUUGCACCUUCUGCCUUAAAACCAAAUAAGAUUAAUGAUUUACGGGAUGUGUUCUAAUAAUUUAAGUGUUUCUGGUCGUAUCCAUUGCAUUUAAAUUAAUUAUUGAAAAAAAUUUUGAAAUCAGCGACCAAGAGCAGCGCCAUCCAUGGACAAUUGCUGGAACUCGAUGCCUGUUACUCGAUACUGUUAACGCUUGCAAACUUGAACUGCUCUCGUUUCUAUUUAUAACCUCUUCAAUUAUAUCGAUCUCUUAAGAGUUAAUUUAAAUUAAAUAAAACAAAAUUAAUUAAAAACUAA